CGGCCCGGGUCACGGCGGCCGGCGUGGUUCGGGGGAGACCCCGCGCACAAAGGUCCCGGCUCAGGCACGGCGGGGGCGCCCGGGACGUCCCCGCUCCCGCCGGCCGCGUCUCCCCGUCGCGGGGACUCUCCGGCUCGGCACAGAGAGGGGAGCCUCUCACAGCAGCGAGGAGGGGAAGGCGAGGCUGGGGAUCCAGAGGCGAGGCGAGGGAAGAACUCCGCGGAUGGUCUAAGCUGUGCCGAGGCAUUGUUCAGUGCUGCCUCUCGGUUACGUUUAAAGGCUGAAAUAUCACGAGAUCCACUCAAUGAUCCUUUUCUAAUUCGAGGGACAAAAUGUAAUUUGCUGUAGCUCUGCUUUCUCGGAUGGGAACCCUAUCCCUAGGUUUCAAAGGGAAGAACUAGGCAUCGCCGUUCGCACACACAUGGAUUAAGUUGAACAGCGGCGAUUACAUCUGCGCUGAGAGCAACAGUAGUCCAGGGCUGACUUUUCAAAUCUCAGCCCUCCGAGUUAGAGCCUCCCUUGCAUAGACUUCCUCCAUUCCCGGAUGCACUUCUCCAAAUUCCCACUUCUCUCUAGAAUUCCUGCGAAAUUGGGGGCUCGCCUGCAUUUCGCCCUGGCAUGCGAAGCUGCGUUUUUACAGAGUGAUUAUGCGCUUUAUUUUAGCUGUACCUGACGGGGUAACACGAACUCCACGCACCAUAUUGCCAAUACGCGGAGUGGAUAUUGACGUUUGGCAUUGAAGAUUUUUUUUGUUUCUUGGUUGUUUUUUUUUUUUUUCCUCCGUCGAUUUUUGCCAAGUCCCAGAAAUAUGAGAUGUCUCAUUAACCUCGUGGAUAGUUCUAAUUCUGGAUGGGCAGUGAUACAUAAAAGUGCUCGUGUUUGUAUCCAGCGGAACACUGGAUGCACGGCAGAGAUUGGUGUGGUGGUUUUUUUCAGCGCCUAACGUGCAAGCCACAAACAUCACUUCAACGCGACAAGGGAGAGGCGUGCAGCUAUCGCAACAUUUGUGAAACCCUCGUUCCUGACAGUCGAAUAAUUUAACGUUCCUAAGAAGAGGUUAAACCUUCAUGCUGCUUCUUCAAAUUGAUUUUAAGGGGCUGCUAUAAAUGGAACAUCAAAAAGCUGCGGCAGGGCUACUCCGAGCGGAAUACACAAACUGCGAGCCAGAAGCAUCCUAGCCAGUUGCAACACCGUACAUUGUGUGUGCCAGCACUUUUUUGUUAUUACGUAAAGGCUCUUGGAAGCACCUUGGAUAUUUUACAUUCUCCUUUCUCUGCUGGAAGCAAUCAGCACGCAGGAAUCCUGACGUGGGCUCUGGGACUAUAGGACAUUCCAGCUCGUGAUCCAGCACGGUUAAUUGUGAAAAGUGUAUACAUUUCUGGCUUAUCUAUGCUUUGUUAUGGGUCUGACGUGAGCCCACGUCCUCCUCCCCCCUCCCGCAAUAUUACAGGCAGAAUUUCAGUUAAAAGUGUUACAGUAUCACGGUGCAGGAACCCGUGAUAUUCAGACAGCAAAAUAACCUUAGUCCCCGGCUGUAAAAAGCUAAUUAAGCGGAAGAGGAAAAUCAAGAGAAACUCGAAAAUGUAAGUAUUCCCUCUCGAUAACAACCGAGCAUUUAACUUUGGAGCCUCAGAAAGGGAAAUACCAGGCUGUUCUGCACGUUCUCGCUAAGCUUCAUUUUCCACACAAUGCAGAAUAAAAUGCCAGUUUAACGCGGCUACGUUACCGAAGGAUUUUCCAUCGCUACGAUCAGACUUAUGUCCUUUAAAUUCAGGGCAUGCACAAAAGAGCAACGUUUGCCCAAAACACGCUAAAAAUAUACGAAACGAUAGCGAAAAAAGCCUACAAAUCCCUCCUCGGAAGCUAGCGACGAGGAAGUCUGAGAGGUCCGAGUGUGUUUGAGCUCGGAUUGUUUAAUAGAAAGAUUUAUAUACUAACUGUAUUAUUUACUUUGGGAGGGGAGGUGGCAGUAUAAGGGUAUGCUAAUUAGUGGGAGAUUUUUUGGGGGAAGGGGUGGAAUAUCAAUUUUUAUUGCAUCACCUGUCAGGAGUGUCCAAUCAGCGUUGGCUUUAGGGGAAUUAAUUGAUGAAGGUGUCUCCGGACGAGCUCACUUCACUCUGUCAUUUUAUUUGUAGCUAAAGCAGCGGCGGGAAUAGCAGCUGCAUUUCUUUUCUCUUCCUCCCUUCACAUUCCAUUAUCAUAGUUUCCAAUGGAAAAGCAGGGAAUGAAAGGGAACAGGUACUGAUCUUCAGCUGCAACUUAGAGAAACACUUUGGCAAACCUGAUUUUUAAGAUUAUAUAUUGAUUAUAGCCUCACGGUAUUUUUUUUAUUUAUUUUUUUUUAAUUUUGUCUAAAGUUUGGCACUUCAUUCACCAGGAGUAACAGCCUUUGUUAUAUUUUAUUAGCAGGAUGCCUUGAGACAAAUACAGCAUCUGGCUGAGGAUUGUGUGUGUGUGGCUUUUUUUUUUUCUUUUUUUGUCUUUUUUUCAUAUCUCUCUCUCUCUCUCUGCAAAUGCUGGGAAUAAUUUAAUUCACGAAAUGGGAGACCUGAAGUCGGGUUUUGAAGAGGUGGAUGGCGUGAGGCUCGGCUACCUCAUCAUUAAAGGAAAGCAAAUGUUUGCACUCUCCCAGGUUUUUACAGACCUGCUUAAAAACAUCCCGCGAACUACCGUGCACAAGCGAAUGGAUCAUUUAAAAGUAAAAAAGCAUCACUGCGACCUGGAGGAGUUGAGGAAACUCAAAGCCAUCAACUCCAUCGCUUUCCACGCCGCCAAAUGCACCCUGAUCUCCAGAGAGGACGUGGAAGCCCUUUACACAUCUUGCAAAACCGAACGGGUCCUUAAGACGAAACGGAGGAAAAUAAGCCGGGCGCUGUCAGCCACCGACCUGCGGCCGGAGCUCGCACCCGCCGACCCCUUCUCCGGCUUCUGGAAGGAGAACAAACUUUGGCUGGGUUUGGAUGACUCUCCCCGGCCCCUGCUGCCCGUCAGGAGGAAAGCGUUGCGUCCGGGAGACACAGCCUUGCUGCCGGCCUCUCAUCUACCUCACAUUUUUAGUAAAUACACUGGCCACAGCUACCCAGAAAUCGCUCGGGCGCCUUGCAAACCCCCCGCAAACUAUGAAACGACGCCGGCGGUGGGCAGUUGCGCACCCCUGCGCGCUCGCCGCCCUCCCUCCACCCGCCCCCCGCUCGCCGCCGCGGCACGGCCGCGGCUCCCGGCCGCCGGCCCCCCGCCCCUGUCCGCCCGCUGCCGCCGCCGCCGCCACGGGGCGGCCGCCACCGCCGGCGCGUUGGGCCCCCCCGGCGGCGCCCGGCGGCUCCUGGCCGCGCUGCGGCCCUGCCGGCCCCGCGGCGCCCCGCGGCUGCCGCUGCCCCGCGGCUUCGGGCCGCCGCCCGCCUUCGCCGAGAGCGGCAGCAGCGACUCGGAGUCCAGCUGCUGCUCCGGCCGCGCCGCCCACGACUCGGACUGCGGCUCCAGCCUCUCCAGCUCCAGCGAGGGCAGCUCGGAGGAGGAGGACGAGGAGGAGGAGGAGGACGAGGAGGGCAGCGGCGCCUCGGACUCCAGCGAGGGCAGCUCGGAGGAGGAGGAGGAGGAAGAGGAGGAGGAGGAAGAGGAGGAGGAGGAGGAGGAGGAGGAGGACAGCACCUCGGACUCCGACUCCAGCUCGGUCUCCAGCCAGGUCUCGGUGCAGAGCAUCCGCUUCAGGCGCACCAGCUUCUGCAGCCCGCCCGGCGUGGUCCACGCCAAUUUCUUGUACCAUCUGGCGGCCGCCGCCGCCCCCCGGCCCCCGGCCUCGGCCCCGGCGGAGCCCGGCGGGCUGCCCGCCCUCCGCGGCACUCCCGGCGGAGUCAAGCCGGAGCUGCCGGAGGAGUGGGGCCGCCCCGGCUGGGCUCCCGCCGCCCCGGCGCUGCGCUGCUCCGGCGGCCUGGAGAGCUGCUUCGCGGAGAUAAGAGAUGAUAGGGUGUCCGAGAUCACAUUCCCACACUCUGAAUUUUCCAAUAAUGCCAAGAGUACUGACCUAACAAUUAACUGUGUUGCAAAGGGGGCCUCUUCACCUAGCCCAAAGACAAACAAUGCAUUUCCACAACAAAGAAUACUCAGAGAGGCAAGGAAAUGCCUUCAAGCAACUACUACACACCGUGCAGAUAACAAUACAAUAGCUGCUAGGUUCUUAAGUAAUGAUUCUUCGUCAGCGGCAGCAAAUUCAGAGAAAGAUUCCAAAAUCCCUCAUUGUAUUGAAUUUGCCACGGAUUUGCCCUCUUUACAAACUGAUCCUGAGGAGGAUGCUGCUUCUGCAGGGGCAGCAGCAGCAGCUGAGCUCCAGUGCACUGAUACAGGCAAUAAGGCAUUGCCAUUCCUGCACAGCAUUAAAAUCAAAAUAGAGGACAGCAGUGCGAACGACGAGUAUGAGCCUGACUUUACAACACAUAAGCUAAAGUGUGAGUGCAAUGAUACUAAGGAUGAGUUUUACGGUGUGACUGAGAGUAAUAACCAGGACGCUUUAUUAACAGCCAAGGAAGAUUCUGCAUGCACUGAGAAAGAAACCACUUCCUUAAACCCACUGACUCAGAGUCAGGUCCUUUCAUGCACUUUAGGUACUCCAAAACCUGAGGAUGGGGAGUAUAAAUUUGGAGCAAGGGUGAGAAAAAAUUACAGGACACUGGUUUUGGGAAAGCGACCUGUACUGCAGACUCCUCCAGUCAAACCAAAUUUGAAAUCAGCUCGAAGUCCACGUCCUGCAGGUAAAAUCGAGACACAUGAAGGAACACUGGAUGAUUUUACAGUUAACAAUAGACGCAAAAGGGUAGCCAGCAAUGUAGCAUCAGCAGUGAAAAGGCCAUUUAAUUUCAUGGCAAAUUUUCCCUGUCCACCAUCACUAAUUAUUGGCAAUGAUGGGGAUUUGUUGCCAGCUUAUUCCUUGAACACCACUAAGGAUUCCCAACCACCUCACAAGGCCCAUCCUGUAUGGAAAUGGCAGCUGGGCGGUUCUGCAAUACCUCUUCCACCUAGCCACAAAUUCAGGAAAUUUAAUUAAUAAAAUAGUUUGGAAAAUAUUUUCUUGAACCACCUUUAACUUUCUUACGUUUUUUUUAAACUCUGCAGGAUGGUUUGUACAAGCCCAUUAAUGCUAUACACACUUUUGGAAUCCUGUGUUAUCACAUUGUGAAGACAGAAACCGGAUUACUAUUUUAUUUACCAUUACAACAGUGGGGUUUUGUUUGUUUUUUUUUUUUUUUGGUGGGUUUUUUUUUUGGUUCUGUUGCUUUUUUUUUGUUACAUUCCACAGAGUACUUCAGGCUAAAGACUCAAGUUAAACUCAGUUAUUAUGGUAGAGCUGGAACACUUUACUGUUUAAAUGCUAAUAAUGCACCAGUACCUCAAUUCAACUGCUGCAAAUAAAUGUCAAAAGGUUGAAUAAUAAAUAUUAGAAUGAGCCAUUAAAUUUAUGCACUAGAUUUCGAAAAUGGAAGUCUAACUGUUAAUUCAGUUAAAGUUUGUUAAGUUACAUGGUUGCACAGUAAGGGUUCACUAUAAUUCAAUGUGGCAGCAGCCUGCUUUUUGGGAGCUUUGUUUUCGGGUGCAGGGGUGUCUUUUUUGAAGAGCAGUUGCACUUACUCCUUUUUCUCUGGUUUGCAAAGGCUGAGGUCCGUCUGCGACCCCAGCGCUGGGAAAAGCUGCCUCAUCUGAAACCGGUAAAUAAAUGUGGAGCUCUAUUUUUGAAAAAAAAAAAAAAAAAGGAGAGAAAAAAAAACAAAAAAGGGUGUCUUUUUACUUGUAGAGCCACUCUUUGCAAUUGGGAAGCCUUUUUGUUUCACCCAGAGGUCUUAAAUAAGUUUACUGUUACCCACUAAUGUCAUACUUAAGUUGUGGUCUGAACAUGCCCCUUACAAACUUGCAAAGCAACUGAAAUAUUUGCCCGGCCAGCAGUACAAUUUAUGGUCCAGCCCCUCACGUUGGCUGGAGGAAAUAGCAAAGCAGUAAAUACAACACAGAAAGUGAAACGAGAGGCCGUGAGUGGAAAGAAUACACAAAAUGAGAAGACCAUGUUAUUCAUAGCUUUUUGGCACCAAAACUCAGGCAUUUCAACCAUGUUACACUUCCCGGUUCUAUUCUAAUCUCUUGAAAUUUGUUGUCGUGGGUUUUUUGCUUUUGUUUUGUUUGUUUGGGUUAUUUUUUGCCAUGCAAUCCUCUCUAUGUAGCAGAAACAUUUCUACUGCACGUGACAAUCAGAGGCAAUUAUCUAUAUUUGCACUUAAUAUCGAAAUAGUCGAACAGGCAGGCUUCUAGAGUCUAGCCCUCGGUAAGACAUGCUGGUAUAAUAUAUUGUGAUGAUGGAAGCAGUAAAUCAAAAUUAUGGAAAUUUGCACUGUUGAAAAGCAUGCUUUAGCUUUAUUUUCAAUUAAAAACACUGUUUAAAAAAAAAAAAUCCUGAUUCCAUACACUUUGAAUUAUUGCAGAGUUAUCCGUGGUUUCCUCUCCGUUUGUAAGUCCACUGUUUUUAUUUGGAGGAAAUACGCUUCAAGAGGUUAACUGUUUCCCUCCCCCCGCCAAGCCCUCGAAAAGAAAGGGAAAAGAAAAAAAAGAAGAAAGGCUGGAGGCCGAGGUGGAGGCAGAGCUGAGGACGGGGGAAGGUCUCUUGCGGGGGGAGGACGGGUGCAGCAACUCUGAAAAUAGCCUGAAAAGUUUGGAGCUUGAGAAAGGCAGUUGUAAUUGAGUUGCUGAAUCAGCAGAGUUUAGAAUGAAUAAUUGCUGGCUUCUUUCUUUGGAUUAGUAUUUUAUUUAUAGUAGAUCAUUCCCAAAUUAAAUUUUAAGGAUUCCACUCAUCGAUCAAUCCCGGGAGAAUAAUUUAUCGUAAAUCAAAAAAGGAAAACAAAGCAACAAUGCAAUGUUUACUGUGUGACUCAAAGUCAACAUUUCUGAUGGCAAUCCACUGCCUGGGUUUCAGUUUUUUAAUUCCUGCCUUUUGUGAUGUCCUCUCCCAGCCCCUCGUGUCUCUGAAUACUCCAAGCAGUCACUAACUGGUUUCAGCUCUGUUUACUAUAUCCACACCGUAGUUUUCCUCUCAUUGUAAAACGCCUGGUCUAAGAAUACCUGCAGCCAAAUAUAUUUAGAAAAAGUAAACAAUUGCCUUUCAGUGGAGUUACCCUUCCCCCCUGCUCACACACACACACACACACACACACAUCACUUUAAACUGCCAAUUGCAAAAGGUGCAUUGCAUACUUAACCGCUCUGCUGAAAUUACGAUGGUCAUGAAAAAUCUGCUUAGUGAAGUUGUUCUGAGAUGAAUGUUUACAUUCGUGUGUUUAGAGCUGCACAGAUUACAGCCUUAUUUCCAGAGAACCGUAAAUACGUACAGAAUGUACUGCUCAGGAAAGCCCCCGCUCUGUUAGAAAGCCCUAUCUGCUUGACAAAGGUCUUCCCUUGACCAAAAAAAAAGAAAAAGCCAAACCCAAAAGCUACAAAGGUGCAAUAUGCAAACUUGAAACCUAAAAUUUCGCCUUGCCAAUUAAACAACGUAUCACUUUCAAAGUAACUCCGUCCCCUGACCCUGUUUACUUCCAAUUAGACAUAUGCUGAUUUGGCCAGGAAUUGUAAAUUACAGAGGUGCCUUUUCAGGUUCCAGAAAUAAGAGGGGGCGGGGGGGGGGGGGGAAGGGGGGAGGAAUAAGCAUAAAUUUAUACCAAAUAGGCUCUUCAGAGUUGAGGACGUGAAAUAUGGCGCCCAGGCCUGGCAGCGGCCCGCGGGCUUCAGGCCCGGCAGCGGGGCAGGGAGCUGCCCAGGCCCGGCGCCCCCGGGACCCGCGGGCAUCCCCGGGCACCCCGGGCGGCGCCCCCCGGGGCCUCCGCCGGGCAGGCAGCGUCAGGAGACAAGGAGUUAAACAGCCAAAUAAUUUUCACACGUGUACACCUCAGUUUAGUGCAAGCCACUAACAAGGACAUUCGUGGUUUUACUACCGUUGGAGAAAUGAGCCAGGUACAACAACUCAUCGGGGAAACAAACAAAAAAAGGAUUAAAAAAAUGGUAUUAUUUCCAGUUCUGGUAGUUUGAUAACUGUUUCUUAUGGCAUUGUGAUUAUCAUUGUGAGCAGAGUUAAUUAUCAUUUCAGCUGUAAUAAUAUAAAGUAAUAUUAUUGAGUUACACAUAAAUAACCAUAAAGGUAAGUUCAAAUAACAAGGAUUUUUCCAGGUUACCAUUUUGUCACAAUGUUUACAGGAGAUAAAACCUAAAAUGUAUUAGUAAUGAAUCCCCACCAUUUUCCGACUCCUGGUGUACACAAAAACGAACAGAAUUUUCUAGAGGAAAAAGCAAUUGAGGGAAGCGCGUGUGCUUUAUGGACUCCAUAGGUAUUUGCCACACAUAGAGCUCAUCGGUAAAUUUAUUGGGAAGAUUUCUGCUACCAGAUGGAAGACAAAAGAAAGUUUUGGACUGUGCUUAAUUCUCUAGAGUAUUAAAAAGGGAACACGUGUAAUGCCUUCAGCAACGAGGUAUAUUGCCUUAAAAGAUGUAACCUGCCGUUUACAACAAUUUAAGAAGUGAUUGCUCUAUAACCUUCACUUACUUGACUACAGUGGGAUAAUCUCUUUGCUGGUUGUUUAUUUAAAACGCCACUACUAGCAGUGAUGCAAAAUAGUGGUAGCUGUUGUAUGAAGUUUGCUGUUCAAUCAGUUCACUUGGUGAUUUUUUUUACGUGGUCUCUGACAGAUUUAGUUGCCAAUAAAUUAAAGUUUCUGCAGAAAUAAGA